AUGUCCGAGCGUACUGCUGGUUUCGACUCUAGGUAUGGCUAUGUCAAUGUUUCCGAUACCUGCUCGUCAACACCGUCUUCCCAAUUUUUUACUUAUCCGCUUCUCCAUUCUAUUCCCCCGUCAAUCCCUCCUCUACCACCGUCGAGCUCCACUGACCCUCCUCUCACCACUGUUCAACCGUCCACGACUCCAUCUACUACAAUUCCUCUUCCUCCUCCUCGUGAUCUUCCUAGACCUCCUAUAUCGUCUUCCUCUUCUGCACCCCCUGCUCCUACUAAUCCUUCUACCUCUGUUCAGCCAUUAUCAACGGUCCCGACAACAACAUCCUUUUCUCAGCUCACUACCUCUCCUCGUCUUUCUCCCUCGGUUCCACCUUCGUUACCCAACGCGGCAGCAGCCCCUACUCCUCAACCUCAACCUCCUCAUGUCAUCCACACUCGUAGUCGCAGUGGCAUAAGUAAAAAGAAAUAG